AUGAAUAGUUUAUUAAGACGAGUCUGUGCUCAGAGUGCAUUAGUUUAUAGAUUUACAAAGCAAAAUCACAGUUUAGUACUUAAAACAAGCCAUAAUUUUUUCUGUUCUGAUUUAACCUCGAAAUUCUCGGAAAUGUAUAUCAGAUCUGAUCAGAAUAAACCAAGUAGUUUCGGUGGUGGUCGAGGAGGAAGCAGUGGAUUUGGAAAUGGCAGUUCCAGAGGAUAUGGAGGAAAUCGAGGUGGAGAUGGAAUUACUAGACGAAAUGAUCGUUUUAAUGGACGCGUUGAGAAGCCAUCAUUUGGUGGUAUGCAGACUAGAGCACGCGACAAUAAGAAUGGUCUAGAUGAACAAGUUUUAAAGCGCAUCAAUUGGGGACAAGAAGAAUUGUCAGAAUUACGUAAAAACUUUUAUAAGCCAUCUCCAAAUGUUGUUGCUCGUUCACGCACUGAAAUUGAGACUUUCCAAAACAAGCAUGAGAUUACAGUUUGCGGACGAGAAUGUCCAACGAGUGUUUUCGAGUUUCAUGAAAUUGGUUUUCCAAGUUACAUUAAUUCAGAAUUAACACGUCAAGGAUUCACACAACCCACAGUAAUCCAAUCUUCAAGCUGGCCAAUAGCCAUGUCAGGUCGCGAUUUAGUCGGAAUUGCUCAAACUGGAAGUGGAAAGACAUUGGCUUACAUCUUGCCUGCAUUAGUUCACAUUACAUACCAAGAGAAAUUAAAGCGCGGCGAUGGUCCAAUUGUCUUAGUAUUGGCACCAACUCGUGAAUUGGCACAACAAAUUCAAACUGUCGCAACUGAUUUUGGUAAAAGAAUUGGAAUUCGUAAUACUUGUGUAUUUGGAGGAGCUCCAAAACGUCCACAACAAAAUGACUUACAACGCGGUUGUGAAAUUGUUAUUGCCACUCCCGGACGAUUGAUUGACUUCCUUCAACAAGAAACCACCAAUUUGAAGCGAUGCUCAUAUCUCGUUUUGGAUGAAGCUGACAGAAUGUUGGACAUGGGUUUCGAGCCACAAAUUCGUAAGAUUAUAGAGCAAAUCAGACCAGACAGACAAUGUCUUAUGUGGUCUGCAACAUGGCCAAAGGAAGUAAAGAAUUUGGCAGAAGAAUUCUUGAAGGAUUAUCUCCAAAUCAACAUUGGAUCAUUGAACUUAUCAGCUAAUCAAAACAUCCUUCAAAUUGUAGAUGUCUGCGAUGAUUCCGAGAAAGAUACAAAAUUGCUUAAAUUACUCCAAGAAAUUCAAACAGAUCGCGAAAGUAAAACAAUUAUUUUCGGAGAAACAAAGAAGAAGGUCGAUGACAUCAGAAACUUCUUAAUGCGCAAUCAAUUCCGUGCUGUUGCAAUUCAUGGUGAUAAAUCACAACGCGAGCGAGAUUUUGUCUUGGGUAAAUUCCGACAAGAUCGUCAAAGUAUUUUGAUCGCUACAGACGUAGCAAGUCGUGGAUUAGAUGUCGAUGACGUAAAGUUUGUUAUUAACUACGAUUUUCCAUCAAAUGUUGAGGACUACAUUCACAGAAUUGGACGAACAGGACGUUCAAAUAACAAAGGAACAUCAUAUACAUUCUUUACACCUCAAAAUGCACAGAAAGUCGAUGAGCUCAUCAACAUUUUGAAUGAAACUAAUCAGUAUAUAAAUCCAGAACUAUAUCAGCUUAAGAAAUACAAUCCAAAGGGAUUCAACAAUCGUCGUGGAGGUGGCAGACCUUUCGGAAAUGGUGGAUUUAAGAGAAAUAAUUAUGGUCAAGGACAAAAAACAGGCGGAUAUGGAAAACCAUACGAGAAUGGAUCGGGUGGUGGAUAUCAAAAAAAGACCUACGAAAAUAAUGGAUAUAACAAUGGAGCAGGAACUAGCAAAUAUGGCGAGAGAAAGAUGAAUUCACAUACAAGAUUCGAUGAUAGAGGAGCACCACCAACAACAGCAUACAGCAAUGGUGGAUCACGGUUUCAAUAA